AUGGCAAAUUUCGACGAGCGUACGGCAGCCCUGGGCGGCACGGAGGAACAGCUGUUCAAGCUGGUCUCCAGACACGCGACGCCCGCGCAAUGGGCGGAGUGGCUGCGAGCCCCCCUGGAGCACGCCGUCGCGGAGGGCAACCAGUACCUUGCCUCGACGCUUCUCAGAGCCGGCGCUGACGGGGGCGCGGGCUGGAAGGGCUGCGACGGCCGCAGCCUGCUGGACGCGGCCGUCCAGGGUGGCAACAGCAAGACCGUGUCGGCCUUGCUAGAGGCCGGGAGCCUGGGUGAUGUCAACGCUGUGACCGGGAGUGACCGGAGGUCGCCUUUGCACCGAGCGAUCGCGGGCGGCCACACGGCCGUGGCGCGAGUGCUCAUGCUCGCGGGCGCGGGCGUCUCGCUACUCGACUCCGACAACCGCAGCGCCCUGCACCAUGCCCUCCGGGGGGGGCACCGCGUGCUGGCCGGGGACGUGAUGAUCGCCGGAGCCGACGUUAACGCGAAGGACAGCUGCGGCGAAACUCCUCUUCACAUCGCGGCCGCCGCAGGCGACCACCACUCCGUCGGCACGCUCUUGCGCCGGGGGGCCCGUGUGGGCGCAGCGGACGGCCAGGGGCGGUGUCCGCUCCAUGCGGCGGUGAGAGCGGGCCAUACGGUAGCUGCGGAGGCCCUGCUCAGGGCCGGGGCUGAUCCCAGCGCCCGAUACGGGUCCAGCCUCAAGUUCUCGCCCCUUCAGCUGGCGUGCAGCAGCAGAGAGGCGGCGAUGACGCGGGCCCUUCUGAAGCACGGUGCCGACGUUAAGAGUUGCGACGGGUUCGGGUUCACCGCGCUCCACUGGGCGGCCUACCGCGGCAAGCCGUGCGUGAUCGAGGCGCUCGUGGGAGCCGGCGCUGACCUCGAAGCCCGGAGCUCUCAGGUCUGGCUGCCGGGACACCGGGACUCUCGCGUGGGGCUGACGCCGCUGCACAUCGCCGCCUUCUUCCGGCGCAGCAACACGCCGAGGAUGGCGCUGCUGUUACAGAGGGGCGCGGACGUCAACGCCGCCGAUGGUCACGGCCGGACCCCUCUCCACAUCGUCGCCGCGGCUCCGGCGACGGACAGCUCGUCCGCGGAUAUCGACUUCCUUCUCAGGCGCGGCGCCGAUGAAACCGCUAGGGAUAACUUCGGACGCACCCCUGAGCAGGUAGUAGUCACCGGCACCAGUUCCGCGGAGUCUAUGAAGCGGUUGUUGACGAAAGCCCCGGCGGACAGAGCCUGGCGACGGAGAGGCCCGCUAGUCUUGAGCCGUGUCCGAGCGGUGAGGCAAGAAGAGGAGAGUCGAGUAGCGGGUGGGAAGGUUCUGCGCCAAGGGACGGAGUGCGCAGGGGGCGACGCCUCUGGUGGCCGGGAAAUGGGCAGCGGCGUAUUGGCGAGAGUGGUGGGGCUGGAAGCUGAAGAAGUUUUCCGAGCGAUUGUGGGAUUCGUGUAGGUACAUUAUAUUUUCUUCUGUCGCCCCGCCUUGCUUCGUUCUGCACAAACGAGGAGACCGAUGUUGUGUGCACUAAUGCUUGGCGACAGCGGCCGCUCUCUUGUUUCAUGUUGAAUGAUGCGCCUUCGUGCUAUGAAACUGGGUUCUCUGCCUUCCAACCCUUCUGAGUUCUUUCUUUUGCCGUUCCCGACGCUUCAUUUCCCCCUGAGUCCGCGUGGUGGGUGAAGGUUGGCGGCUAGUCGAUGUACCUUUCUCUGUAUCGUGUCUCUCUUUUUGGUUACGAGGCAUGAAGUGACACUGCUGUGAAUUGUGAAGAGAGCAAGAGCUAGAGGUGGUUCGAAGGGUGAUUCAUUUAAAACCUCUGUCAAGAAUGAUCCGGAGAAUGAUCGGGACUUGCGUGUCGGGCAGCUUAGCGCCAUUUCCUUCUCAUGAGAGUCUGGGAAAUAGGAUAGGGGGAUGAUGCCAAGAGAUCUGCGGGGUGGGCGUCGGUAUCAUGACGGCCAUCUCGGGGAUUCAAUUAUCGAAUUAUCGAGGGGUUUGUUUUUGUAUUGUUGGUAUCAAUCAACAGAGUCACAGGCUACGGGCCUGCGACUCCCGACUCGCGCUUGGAUCGCGGAGAGCGAGGGGAUUCGCGCAGUGUCGGAGCGGGCGGGUUUGGGUGCAGAGGGAAAGAGAGGGGUUUGGGGCGGGAGGGAGCCAAUAACGGCCGAGAUCUUGCUCUGUCUAGGUGUUUCCCUGUGAACACGUACCUCUCUGUCCGUCGGUAUCUUUUUAGGGUUGGGAUAUCCUGGACUACACGGGUCUCGGGCGCGAAAAGUGUGCAGUGCAACUUGAUGUGAAGAAUGAUCAGGGGCCGAGUUGCUUAUUUCUAUUUUCUCAAUAUAGUUAAUCACGACGUCCACGGCCCCCCAUGAGAGAAUAAUUUUUUGUCCCCGGCAGUGGAUUAUCACCACCCCUUGGUCGCUUCGUUUCAAGGAUAGCAUGUGUAGAGGUGUACACGAAGUCACGUGCUGGUCUUUGUUGGCCCGCGGCGGGGGUCGUAGUCAUUGUAGCUCUGAAUUUUCGGCGCUUGCGUGUGUAUAUAGUGUAUAGCCACUACCUUUCGCUACGUAUUAUGAGCAGCGCUACAUGUACAAAUUAGCAGCUUUCCAAUCCCAUACACGUCAUAUUAGCAAAACUUUCCCUGUGGCAUGAUGGUGUAAGCAGCCUUUCCUAGUACAUGCUAGCGGCUUUGUGAUCCCCAACUCAUCGUAAUAACUAGGUGUGUGUAUGCCAUGUGGCACUAUUCGCCUCGGGGUGAAUGGAUCGGGAGAGGGAGGGGGCUCCGUCAUAUACAGAAACCGGAUGGUGAACGCUUCCCAUCCCGACUUCACGAGGAACGCUCCCGCGUUCGCUCAUGUAUUUCAAGUACGUAUUUUUUUUGCACGACGAGGGUUUAUCUGUAUAGUCUAGGACACCACGUCCAUGUUGGUACAUGCGAGGGUAUGAACCAAGCAUCAAGCGUGAUUUUCGCAGGGGGUGCGGUAUCGUUCGUUACCCGUGCCCCCGGCGAUCAGGAGUUGUGACACUUUCGGCCUGUGUUACCGUUAGGAUGUGGACAUACGUUCGCACACAGCGCUACUGCUGUAGGUCUUCCUGCCGACGUCAAACCGUCACAAACGGAACGGGAGAUAGUGCUUUGUGGGCAGGGAAUCAAGAAGGCGGGAGAUGGGGGAAAAGACACCCCAGAUAGAUGAGAUGUUGCUGUACGAGGAUAGUCUGCGUGUGAGAGAGUGAAGCGAGGCCAGCUGUAUGGAUUGCCUACAACCUCGCUCUUUUGUCCCCGUAUCUAGGCGGUCCCGUGUAUUUGAUAGCAUCGAGGAUUGUCAAGUGGAAAAAAACAAAGAGUGACCAUCUUGGUUGCGUGGGGUACUUCGGAGCUGACAAAAUAGGAACGAUUUCCCCAUGGCCCUUGUCUCCCUUCUU